AUGGCUUUCCUAUGGAUUCUCCAAACCACAGCUGUUGCGUUCGCAGUCUGGACAGUAGGUGAAGCUAUCCGACGCCUUUACUUUCAUCCUCUGGCCCCCAUUCCAGGGCCCCGCCUUGCAGCUUUAACGUGGUGGUACGAAUUCUACUAUGACGCCAUUCAGCCCGGUCACUAUGUAUUUAAGAUCCAGGAGCUUCAUAGACAAUAUGGUCCGAUCAUCCGUGUUACUCCGGACGAGAUUCACAUCAGCGAUGUCGGCUUUUUGGACACCGUCUAUGCACCGUCAAUGAUGAGAAGAUGCAAGUACGCCUAUCAGCUCAGGAGCCUUCGAGUUCCGGGUGGAGUGGGCACGACCGCAGACUACAACCUGCAUAAAAUUCGACGGGAAGCUCUUACGCCUUUCUUCAGGAAGAAGAAUAUCCUCUACUUGGAAGGGCUGAUCACCGACAAGGUUACCCAAUUGAAGGAAUUGAUCGCGACCCAUGCAGCCCAAAAGACGCCGGUUAACCUCUCCGACGUAUUUUUCGCCUUCUCGAACGAUGUUGUCACCAACUUCCUCUUUGCGCACCAGACAGACAUACUUUCGGACGAGACCAAAGCUGCCACCUUACGCCAUAAUAGCAAGGAGCUUAUGAUGGGGAUUAAUUUCAACAAGCACUUCCCACAGAUUCCCGACUUUCUAGAGGCGCUUCCGGUAUCCAUAAGUGGUCCAAUGAUGCCUCCCGGUCUCAUUGAUAUGCUUUCGCUUUUUGACAGGGUUCGUAAUGAGCUUGUUGCAAUCACGUGCACCAAAGAGUCAGGGCUCGCUGCUGAUAAGCCUGUUGGGCCAACCGGCAAAGAGUCGGUUUACGAUUCAGUACUGGACAACCCGAAUCUGCCAGCGUCGGAGAAGACUCUCCUACGGCUUGAGCAGGAGGGGGCUUUAUUAGCCCUAGCCGGGACCGAAUCGCCAGCUCAAACCCUUAACAUCACCUUCUAUCAUCUUCUCGCCAACCCAACACUCUUACAGAAGCUUCGCGAUGAGCUAAGUGGUGUCCCUAUAUCCGCCCCAUGGAGUCAGCUCGAGCAGCUGCCAUAUCUAUCCGCCGUCAUCGAGGAAGGCAACCGACUUUCCUUCGGGGUGACAGCUAGGACUGCCCGUAUCGCUGAUGAACCGCUUACAUAUACUCCUUCUUCCCACGUCCCAUCAACUUGCCCUCCAAGCACGAAGACCAAGUCCUACACGAUUCCCCCCGGCACGCCGGUAAGCAUCACGACUCUCGCCGCACACACUGCCGAGAGUGUCUUUCCCAACCCCUAUCUUUUUGAUCCCGAACGUUGGCUCGGCAAUGCCGGAAAGGAGCGACGGAAGUUCCAGAUGGCGUUUGGCAAAGGGGGGCGGAAAUGUCUCGGUAUCGAACUCGCACGGGCAGAGCUGUAUCUUGUGAUUGCAGCCUUGGUUCGCGGCUUUGAUAUGACUUUGUUUGAGACGGAUACGAACGAUGUGGCAUUCUUGCACGACUACCAAGUGGCCAUGCCGAAAAUGGGGUCGAAGGGGAGCAUAAGCUAUGUCGUCUACCAAGUUUGGCUUCAUCCUUUGGCUAUCUAUCCCGGUCCCUUCAUUGCCAAACUAACCGAUCUGUACUCUGUGUCCCACGCUGUUCGCGGGGAUCGUCACGAAGACACUUACCGACUUCACGAGCGAUACGGCCGCAUCGUGCGCAUCGGACCCAACCGUGUCACGAUCCUGGAUGCAGGAGCACUUCGGCCGAUCUACGGGCACCAGGGUAAUGUCCAAAAGUCUCAAUGGUACAGCGGUUUCUAUGGUUUGUCCAUCUUCAACACCAUCGACCGCAGCGACCAUGCUCGUAGGCGUCGGGUCAUAUCGCACGCCUUCUCUGAUCAAGCGGUACGGGCAAUGGAACCACAUAUUCUCACCUGCGUCCGAGAUUGGUGUCUCGCGCUGGGCGACUGUCAUCCUAUUCAGACGCCCAACUCUGUUGAUGAUUCAGACCGAUGGUCCCGACCGAAGGAUAUGGUGCACUGGAGCGCAUGCAUCAUCUUCGACGCACUAGGAGAGAUUUGCUUUGGAAAGACGUUUAAUACCUCGCUGAGCGACGAAAACACGUUUUUCUUGCCGUUGAUGGCAUUGAAUGUCCGGAUCGCCAACAUCAGCGGCCAAAUGCCCGUCCUGCGACGCCUUGGGCUUGAGACAUACCUUCGUCGAGGCACGGCCGCGGAUCGGGAGAGACAAAUUGCCCUCUCGCAACAGCAGCUCACGACGCGGUUGGCAGCCAAUCCAACCCAGCGACGGGAUAUUAUCUAUUUUCUACAACAGGCGCGAGACCCGGAGACCGGUCAGGGAUACUCGGAAGAGGAGCUGAUCGGCGAAGCCUAUCUCCGCGCGUGCGUCGAGGAAAGCAUGCGCCUUUGCCCCCUGGUGCCCAUGGACCUUCCUCGUGAGGUUCUUCCGGGUGGACUCUGUGUACUAGAGUGGACAUUCCCCACGGGCACCAUCGUUGGGGUCCCGACGUAUUCGCUGCACCAUAGCGCGGAACACUUCGAGGAGCCGUUCCGGUUCAACCCCAGUAGGUGGCUAUUGGGAGACUUGGAAAGUCGGGAAGGAGUUACAGCCGAAGUCAUGGCCCGCCAGCGGCAGGCUUUCGUGCCAUUCAGCCUCGGGCCACGUUCGUGCAUCGGGCGCAAGGUGGCGAUAGUGGAGCUGGAGCUUUGCAUCGCACGGGCGUUGUGGUUAUAUGAUGUGCGAUUGGCGCCUGGGUUUAAACAUCUGGGGAUUGGCCGGGAGGGCGAGUACAAGAUGAAGGAUAACUUCAUUGUCGGCAAAGAAGGCCCAGUAGUGGAGCUUCGUGCCCGAGAGCUAUACUAG